ACAACACUGCUCUCUCUUUGCUUACUUUUAUAUAUAUAUAUAACAUUAUAUAAAUAUUUUGUGUUUUUUAAAUAAUAAAUAUAUAUUGUGAGUGUUUUUUUUUUUUUUUUAUACAAGUGUUGUGUAAAUUAAAAAUAAGCAUCAUUGUGAAUAAUAAUACAUAAAAUGGAACUUCAAGAAAUGUUUCGUUAUGGUUACAUGUAUCCACCACAAGAAGAAAAUAUUUUAACAUCACCAACAUAUUUACAAUUACCAGACUAUACAUAUUUAAAAGACAAAAAUGUAUUGUUACCACCAGUUAGUUCAGUAUUAAAUAAUAUCAAUAAUAACAAUAAUAAUACAACACAAAUACAACAUUGUAUGACAACAUUAUAUGAUAAUAAUAGUGAUGGUUGGCAUACACCAAGUCCACCAGCAAGUUUAAGAUCAGUAAGUCCAUCAACAACAGUAUCAUCUGAUAUUGGUGACAUUAAUAACAUAAAUAUAAAUAUUAACAUGAAUAAUAAUCAUCAAAAAUACAACAACAACAAUAAUCAUCAACAUCAACAACAACAACCACAUCAACAACAUCAACAAGCAUUAAAAAGAAAAAGAAGAAAUUCUCAUGAAUGCAUUGAUGAUACCAAUGAAAAUGAAUUAUUAUUAAAAAAACAUAUAAAUUUUGUUGGUAUAAAUAAUGAUAAUGGAAAUAAUGGAAAUAAUGAAAAUAAGCUAUUAUCAUUAUCAUCAACAUCAUCACGUACAAGUAUUGGUAGUAAUUCAAGUACAUAUUCAGAAAAUAUGGAAAGUGGUGGUGAUGAUGACGAUGAUGAUGUUGGUGGUGGUGAAGAUGCUGUUAAUGAUGGUGAAACAAGUGAUAUUGAUGAAAAUUCAAAAAGACGAGGAGGUGGUGGUGGUGGUAAAUAUGUCAGUUCAACAGUUGUUAGAAAAAGAAGACUUGCUGCAAAUGCCAGAGAACGAAGAAGAAUGCAAAAUUUAAAUAAAGCCUUUGACAGACUGAGAACAUAUCUUCCAUCACUUGGUAAUGACAGACAAUUAUCAAAAUAUGAAACACUUCAAAUGGCACAAUCUUAUAUCACUGCACUCUACGAUUUACUUCAAUAAAUCAUCAUCAUCAUCAUCAUCAUCAGA